ACCACUCUGGCCUUUUGGCUUAGAUCAAGUGUAGUAUCUGUUCUUAAUAGUUUAACCACUAUUAGAGGGACACAGUCCCUUCUAUUUGGUUAUCUAAUUUUUGCCGCCCUUGCCUUUCUGCUCUGCUUGCAACAGAAGGACGCGAUGACCUUGCCGCUGCACUACUGGCUUGCGUCGUCGGGGGUCCACGUUUUUUUUUGCAUCCUCCGGUGGCCUUACCCUAACCCUAUCUACUCGCCAAAUCCUAUUGCUUAAACCAUCAAUCAAAUGCGACGUUCCUGAAAUCAAUGCCUUGGCGUGCGCUCCCAUCCACCAACGUCCAUGAACACUCGCUAUCCCCACCCAUUCCAUGAGGACCCCGAGGAUGGGGAGACCGAGAGCGCGGGUGUCCCCGACCCCACGACGCUCGCUGAGCUGCGCAUGUGCAAGCUCUCUGCUCAGCUCCGCGAGAAGGACCGCUGGUGGGACAAGUGCUGGGACGAGAACAUCACGAGAAAGUGGACUGCGGAGGUGCAGGAGCAGCAGAAGGAUCUCGUCCGGUGGUCCAAGCUGUCCGAGCGCAUGGUCAACUACGUGAUUGAGGAGCUUCAAGCGGCCUCCAGGAUACGCGAGAAGACGGGUGGAGUCGAGCCUGGCCCUUUCGAUCGCGUCUACAUCUCUGACGGCCUCAUCGCGGAGGAGCUCACGGCACAACUCGCGGCGGCCGUGAAGCUGCUCGAAGACGUCCCAUCGAACGAGAAAGACUGGCACCCAGGCUCCGAGGAGCGCGUCCUUGACCUCGUUCACCCCUCAAUCUGUCCGCUGGUCUACGACGACUCGUGGGGCAGAUCCGACGAGGGCGUCCUCCAGCGCUUCGCGGUGCCGGCUCUCGAGUCCGACGACGUCGACGCGGUCUUCGUGUCCCCGCGCUUCCAGUGGCUGCCGUCCGAUUUCGCCGUCGACGACGCCGGCGCGGUCAAGCUCGUGUCUCCCUACAUGAACAACAUCCCCUCGCAGCACCAAGACGCGUUCGUGCCCGUGCUCGAGCGCAUCAUGGAACGCGCGCUGCCGCUGUGGGAAGGCGUGCUGACUGAGCUGCGGACACCCCCGCAGCCCCGGAUCGACCACGCCGCAGAAUGUGUCAUGGGCAGUGGAUACACUGAGGACAUCCCCUCCGAUGACGAGCUCACCGCGGAGCUGGCCAAGCGCGAGACAGAGCUCGAGCCGUUCCGGGAUUGGACGUAUCGUUACCUCCUGCGCGGCGAUCUCAAUCUGCCAGAGGCACCCGAGCAGUAUGUCGCGCGGCGCGGCGAUGUGGAGGCCGCGGAUCGGGUCUCGCUGCGCGGAAGCACGAUCCAGGUUAUCGUCAAGCUCGCCAACAUCGUCUUGACCCCCGAGAAUCCUAGUUAUCCGGGUGGAAUAUGGCACGUGGAAGGCAUGGCGAACGAAUCCAUCGUCUCCACGUUCAUCUAUUAUUACGAUACGGAUAACAUUGAGCCGUCCAGUCUGAGUUUCCGCCAGGCCACGUCGCAGCCUGAAUACCACGAACAGGACGACGCAGCGUGCAUGACCAUUUUGUACGGCAUUGACGCGCAGGAACCGUGUGUUCAGGUCCUAGGCGAAGUUCAGACCAAGGCGGGCCGAUGCAUCGCCUUCCCAAACAUCUAUCAACAUCUAGUCUCUCCAUUCUCGCUCGUCGACACGACAAAGCCAGGCACGCGCAAGAUCCUCGUCUUCUUCCUCGUCGAUCCCACGCGGCGCAUCGUCUCCGCCACAAACGUUCCUCCGCAGCAAGUCUGGGAGAUGAAACGGCUCCUCCGCGCGCAGGGCCCCCAGUCGCGGCUCUCGACCCUGCCCCUCGAGCUGGUCGAAUACAUCGCCACGCUCGUGCCAGGGGUCAAAACCCGCCAGGAAGCGAACGAGAUCCGAGAGGAGCUCAUGGGCGAGCGGACGAUCGUGGUCGAGAGCGUGGAUCGCGAGUAUUUCUCAAGGUCGUUCAACAUGUGCGAGCAUUGAGAGAUAGAUGCGCGAUCUUUAGUGGGUAGAGUUAUUGGAUGUUAGAAAGACGGACUUCCGCGACAGCAUGAUACUUUCGUUCGGGAAAUUUCCUGGCAUGCACCACGUGUAUC